AUGAGCGCCGUCAUGAUGGAAUUGUCGCCAGAUGCUAGAGCUUCAUAUACGGCCAUAAUUGAUUCCAUCCUGGCCAGUAGCGAUCUCACAACUAUUUCCGAAAAGCGAAUUCGCAGAGGUCUACAGGAAACCACCGGUGAUGACCUAGCUCCGUACAAGUCUGCGGUCAAGGAAUUGAUCAUGGAGCGCUUCGAUAUGUUUGCCGAACAGUCAAACGUCGCGACAGCCGAGCCGGAACCAUCAAAACCGGUCGCGAACGGCCAUGGUUGCUCAUCACCAUCCCCACCACAGAAACGCAGCGCGGACCCAGAAGGCGUGCCGGAGAUAACGGACUCCUCUCCGCCUCCUGUGAAGAAACGGAAAGAUGACGUCGUGGAUUCAGAUGCUGCUUUUGCCGCGAAGCUACAAGCGGAGGAGAAUCUACGGGCCCGGACAACACGCGGCGCCAACUCGAGGAAGACCGGAGUAACCAAGAAAAAGCGGAAGAGCACGUCAAAGACUGCGAAGAGAGUGAAGGCAUCCGACGAUUCAGACGUCGAUGGAUCGGGUGUGGAGAAUAAGAAGGAAGUAAACCGCACAGGCGGAUUCCACAAACCGAUGGCGCUGUCACCUGCACUCUCUACGCUAUUAGGCGGUCAAGUGACUCUUUCGCGACCUCAGACAGUGAAGAAAGUCUGGGAAUACAUCCGUGAAAACGAGCUCCAGGACCCAGCCGAUCGGCGUCAGAUCCGCUGCGACGGGCUCAUGCGUCCUGUUUUCAAGCAGGACCGUAUACACAUGUUUACAAUGACCAAGAUUCUCAAUCAGAACCUCUACGACCCGGAGGAGUGA